CCUGGGCCGCUGCGGGGGCUCCCUGCUCAGCCCCGCCAUGCGGCCCGGCGGCGUCGACCGAGGCUCUCUGAUGAUGGGACACCCAGGAAUGCCCCACUACCCCCCCAUGGGCAUGCACCCCAUGGGGCAGAGACCCCCCAACAUGCCCCCAGUGCCCCACGGGAUGAUGCCUCAGAUGAUGCCCCCCAUGGGAGGACCCCCCAUGGGGCAGAUGCCUGGCAUGAUGCAGUCAGUGAUGCCUGGGAUGAUGAUGUCCCACAUGUCCCAGGCUGCCAUGCAGCCCACGGUUCCUCCCGGAGUGAACAGCAUGGAUGCACAAGUAGGUGUGACCCCUCCUGGAACUCAGACCACUCAUCCCGUGGUGUCCACUGUCCAACCCAGCUCCAGCACCACCAGCUCUGCCAGCGAGGAUCACUCCAAGCAGAAAUCCACGUGGACUGAACACAAAUCUCCAGAUGGAAGAACUUAUUAUUACAACACUGAGACCAAGCAAUCCACGUGGGAGAAACCAGAUGACCUCAAAACUCCUGCUGAGCAAUUGUUAUCCAAGUGUCCCUGGAAGGAAUAUAAAUCAGAUUCUGGGAAGCCUUAUUAUUAUAAUUCCCAAACCAAGGAAUCUCGUUGGGCAAAACCCAAAGAGCUGGAGGAUCUUGAAGCAAUGAUUAAAGCUGAAGAAAACAGCACGAAGCCGGACGACGCCAGCGCGGCCACCUCGGCCCCGGCCGCGGCCACCGACAGCGGGGCCCCGACCGCGGCCCCGGGCACCGAGAGCGGCGCGGCCACGGCGGCACCCACGGGUGCUGCUGCUGCUGAGGGGGACCCUGCUCCUGCUGCUGCCACCACGGGGGACACGGAGAGCGCUGGCACGGCCACCAGCGAGGAGCAGGGACAGCCCAGCGCGGCCACCGGGACGCAGGAGAGCGGUGACACCGCCACGGCCACCAACGAGGAGGGGGCCAAACAGGAGGGGACAGCAGAUGCUGCUGCAAAGAAGGAGGAUGAGGAUGCCCAACCUGUGAAAAAAACUUACACAUGGAACACAAAGGAAGAGGCCAAACAGGCAUUUAAAGAACUGUUAAAAGAAAAGCGGGUUCCAUCCAAUGCUUCCUGGGAGCAGGCCAUGAAAAUGAUCAUUAAUGACCCCAGAUACAGUGCUUUGGCAAAACUGAGUGAAAAAAAACAAGCUUUUAAUGCUUACAAAGUUCAGACAGAGAAGGAGGAGAAGGAAGAAGCCAGAUCCAAGUACAAGGAAGCCAAGGAAUCCUUCCAACGUUUCCUGGAAAACCACGAGAAGAUGACAUCCACCACCAGAUACAAGAAAGCUGAGCAGAUGUUUGGGGAGAUGGAAGUGUGGAAUGCCAUCUCCGAGCGCGACCGCCUGGAGAUUUAUGAGGAUGUUUUGUUUUUCCUGUCCAAGAAGGAAAAGGAACAAGCCAAGCAGCUGAGGAAGAGGAACUGGGAAGCCCUGAAGAACAUUCUGGACAACAUGGCCAAUGUCACCUACUGCACCACCUGGUCAGAGGCCCAGCAGUACCUGAUGGACAACCCCACCUUUGCUGAGGAUGAGGAGCUCCAGAACAUGGAUAAGGAGGAUGCCCUGAUCUGUUUUGAGGAACACAUCAGGGCCUUGGAGAAAGAGGAGGAGGAGGAGAAGCAGAAAAGUUUGCUGAGGGAAAGGAGGAGGCAGAGGAAAAACAGGGAAUCUUUCCAGCUGUUUCUGGAUGAGCUGCACGAGCACGGGCAGUUACACUCCAUGUCCUCCUGGAUGGAAUUGUACCCAGCCAUCAGCUCUGACAUCAGAUUCACCAGCAUGCUGGGCCAGCCUGGAUCAACAGCGCUCGACCUGUUCAAGUUUUACGUGGAGGAUUUAAAAGCUCGUUACCACGAUGAGAAGAAAAUCAUUAAAGACAUCUUAAAAGAUAAAGGAUUUGUGGUGGAAGUGAACACUUCCUUUGAGGAUUUUGUCACUGUCAUCAGCUCCACCAAAAGAGCCACCACGUUGGAUGCUGGCAAUAUCAAGUUGGCUUUCAACAGUGAAUCGGCCUUCAAGAGCAUGCUGAAACAGGCCACCCCUGCCAUCGAGCUCGAUGCUGUGUGGGAGGAUGUAACUUUUCCCCCCUCUCUUUACCUUGCCCAACAGCACGAGUGUCAGCACCACCACUCCAAGACCAAGAAACAUUCGAAGAAAUCCAAGAAGCAUCACCGCAAGCGCUCGCGUUCCCGCUCCGGCUCAGAGUCUGAGGAUGACGACAGCCACUCCAAGAAGAAGCGGCAGCGCUCGGAGUCGCGCUCGGCGUCCGAGAGAUCGUCCAGCGCUGAGUCCGAGAGGAGUUACAAGAAGUCCAAAAAACACAAGAAGAAGAGCAAGAAGAGGAGGCACAAGUCUGAUUCACCAGAAUCCGAUGUGGAACGAGAGAAGGACAAGAAAGAAAGAGAGAGGGACAGUGAGAAGGAAAGAGCCAGACAGAGAUCCGAGUCCAAGCAUAAAUCUCCCACUAAAAAACGCCCUGGAAAAGAUUCUGGAAACUGGGACACCUCUGGCAGCGAGCUGAGCGAGGGGGAGCUGGAGAAGCAGAGGAGGACUCUGUUGGAACAGCUGGAUGAAGAUCAAUGAGAAGAUCCACGAUACCAAAAAAUGUUUACAGGUGGCAAAAUAAAACCAAGCCUCGUGUGGGCGAGGCCCUGGGGCCGGUGGCCCGUGGCCCGUGGCCACAACAACGGUGGCUUUUAGUUUUUUAACCACUUUUCAAUCCGGUCAAAAAGUAGAAAAAAAAAAAUCCGUGGAAUUCUGAAGGGCAAAGCUGUGCCUGGCCUGGAGCUGCAGGGUGGGGUGGGGACUGGGAUCCCCUGGAGGGGACAGCAGUGUCCCCAAGCACUUUCCCAGUGUCCUUCCCAAGGCAGGGAACAACCCUGGGCUGCCUGGGCAGAGCCCAGCUCAGCUGCAGGAAGAAA